AUUAAUCCACAGUCUCCACUCAAGUGGAGAAAAAUGAUUCUUCGCGGAAGUAAGAAACAGUCAUAGAAUUUCCGAUUUUGUGAAUUAUUCUGUUUCUGCAUGCAUUUAAUUAUAUUAUUAAUUCAUAUGUACAAACAAAUGUGUAUAUACAAAGUAUAUACAGUAUAUACAGAUGUAUAUGCAGGGCCGAUGGUUUCAGCCAGACUUCAAGAUCUUGUAGGAAAUUUAAUUCCCAACAAUCUUUGAUACUUUUUUCGAGACUUUGUUAAAAAAAGGCAUACUUAAAUAUUUUGUGCAAAAAUGUAUUAACGAGAAUUUGAAGUUUUUCAGGCGCUAACUUAAGGAAGCAUUUUUGGAUCCGUGUUUAUAGGAAAUUUUGUUCAGAACGAAAUUGUGUGUGUGUGUGUGUGUGUGUGUGUGUGUGUGUGUGCGUGUAUACAUACAGUAGUAUGACUCAGAAAAAUUUGAAGAUUUUAUAGGAAAUUUAGUUCUGAACAAAAUGUCCUAUAAAAUCUUCAAAUUUUUCUGAGUCAUACUACUGUAUACACGCACAAACACACACAUCUACUACUUAUGUUUGGUGGUCUUUUUACUUUGUUCAUAGCGUCAAUAAGAUUUCCUUAUCAGACAGUUACAGGUCAAAGAACAGAUUAUUUCUUUAUAUGUGUGCUCGCAAGUAACUCUGGAAUAAGAAAAGGAUAUAAAGUUCACGAUGAACAUGCUGACUAAAGCUCGUACAAUUUCCACUAAACUAGGCAUUCGCUAUUACAAUGGAAAAGUUGGUAUAAUCGGAGUACCUUUUGACAAAGGACAGGAAAAGGAAGGAGUAGCUCGUGGACCCGAGGUGAUCAGAGCAGCAAGAUUGGUAGACGAAUUGAAAACGUUAGAAUUGGAUGUGCGAGACUACGGUGACGUGGUUUACAAUGCAAGCAAUAUGAAUGACGUAAAAAAUAUGUCACAUCUGAGCCACGUGGCUAGUUGUAUGAACAGUUUAUCUGAACAAAUUCGACAAGUGUUACGCGACGGCAGGCAAGCACUAACGAUCGGUGGCGAUCACAGCUUGGGCAUCGGUUCAAUCGACGGACAUGUCAAGGAAAAGAAAGAUGUGGCAGUUAUAUGGGUGGAUGCCCACGCGGAUUUAAAUACUAACAAAACAAGCGCAAGCGGCAACGUGCACGGGAUGCCGGUAGCAUUGUUAACUUCGGAGCUAGCCGAUUAUUGGCCGUAUUUGCCGGGCAUGGACUGGCAAUUGCCGAUACUAUCCAUCCGAAACGUAGCUUAUAUUGGUUUGAGAUCCAUAGAUCGCUAUGAGAGAUUGGUGAUCGAAAAAUUUGGCAUCAUCGCUUACGGCAUGGAAGAUAUAGAACGUUAUGGUAUUCACGACGUGAUACACAUGGUGCUUAAUAAAAUAGAUCCCCAUAACACGAAGUCUCUGCACGUCAGCUUCGACAUAGACGUGCUAGAUCCGCUCGAAGCGCCCAGCACCGGAACGCCAGGUUUGCGACACGUCAUAUCGGUGUAUGUACACGCGCGUUGUUCUUACUGCAAGUCUUUAUAUUUACAUAUUUGUACAGUGCGCGGAGGGCUGUCUCUCAGAGAAGCGAUUCAUCUUAUGGAGGAGAUAUACAGAACAAACAGAUUGAGCGCAAUCGACCUGGUGGAGGUCAAUCCACAAAUCGGUAGCGAGCGAGACGUGAAGCUGACCGUACAAGCGGCCAUACACAUUAUCCAAGCGGCUCUGGGCUACACAAGACGCGGUUUGCGAUUACCUAAGGGCAUCACCGACAUGCCUUUACAAACGUUCCGCUAACAUUCGUUACGUGUACCUUUUAUUCUCGUAUCACUUUCCAUUUUUAUUUGUCUUUACGGCACCACUAGUUUUAUACACAAUAUACAAAUAAAUAAAUAUCUGUCCGCGUCAGAUUCUUAAACGUAAAA